GGAAGGGGCGGAGCCAGGAGCACUAAGAGCGCGCACGCGCGGGUCUCGCGAGAGCAGUAGAGGGCGGAAGCACAGUUAUUGCAAGAUGCGGUUCCUGGUUGCGUUGAUCCUGCUGAGCGUCGUAGUGGCGGUAGACCUACCGCUAGAAAACUCUAGCCAGUCGCAGCCUCAGGCCACGGGAGACGGCUCUAGCAAGGGGAAGUCCCAGGUGCAGUCCACAGAAGAUGACUCUAACAAGGAGAAGCCCCAGCUACAGUCCACGGGAGAUAACUCUAACAAGGAGAAGUCUCAAGUGCAGUCCUCGGGAGACGGCUCUAGCAAGGUGAAUCCCCAGCCACAGUCCACAGGAGACGGCUCUAGCAAGGUGGAUCCCCAGCCACAGUCCACGGGAGACGGCUCUAGCAAGGUGAAUCCCCAGCCACAGUCCACAGGAGACGGCUCUAGCAAGGUGGAUCCCCAGCCACAGUCCACGGGAGAUGGCUCUAGCAAGGUGAAUACUCAGCCACAGUCCACGGGAGAUGGCUCUAGCAAGCUGAAUACCCAGCCACAGUCCGCAGGGGAUGGUUCUAGCAAAGUGAAUACCCAGCCACAGUCCACAGGAGACAGCUCUCGCAAGGUGAAUACCCAGCCGCAGUCCACGGGAGACGGCUCUAGCAAGGUUGAUCCCCAGCCACAGUCCUCAGGAGAGGGCUCUAGCAAGGUGAAUACCCAGCCACAGUCCUCAGGAGACGGCUCUAGCAAGGUGAAUACCCAGCCACAGUCCACAGGAGACAGCUCUCGCAAGGUGAAUACCCAGCCGCAGUCCACGGGAGACGGCUCUAGCAAGGUUGAUCCCCAGCCACAGUCCUCAGGAGAGGGCUCUAGCAAGGUGAAUACCCAGCCGCAGUCCACGGGAGACGGCUCUAGCAAGGUUGAUCCCCAGCCACAGUCCACAGGAGACAGCUCUGGCAAGGUGAAUACCCAGCCACAGUCCUCAGGAGACGGCUCUCGCAAGGUGAAUACCCAGUCACAGUCCACGCAAGAUGGCUCUAGCAAGGUGAAUACCCAGCCACAGUCCACAGAAGAUGGCUCUAGCAAGGUGGAGUCUCAGCCACAGUCCGUGGGAGACAGCCCUAGUGAGGUAAAGCCCCAACCGCAGUCCACAGGACAGGGCUCCAGCAAGCAGAAGCCCCAGCCCCAGACCACGGGAGAUGACCCUAGCAAGGAGAAGCUGCAGCAGCAGUCCUUGAACUCCAACAAGCUGGUCUCCAACCCCUCCUCUGAUAACAAGGAACCCACCAAUCCUGACUUAAACAUACCAGCUAACAAAGAUACCUCUCUGCAUGCUUCUAGAGGUGAAUCUGGGGAGACAGUAUUACUGGACUCUGACCCCACUUCUCCACAGCAGGAGAGAGAAGGUAAGUCUUCAGAGCUUACAGAAGAUACAGAGCCCAAGAAGGCUGAGGAAGGCGAUACAGAGCCUGAAGGUUCACCGCCCCAAGAAGAGAGAGAGAUGCCCGGCCUUGCCUCCAGUGAGAACCGUGAAAGAACACUUUUGGAUUCCAUGGGUAGGGAGAAUGAUGACCUUUAUAAAGACAGUCUUGGAAGUGCCAGUGCAGAGAGCAGCCACUUCUUUGCAUAUCUGGUGACUGCAGCCAUACUUGUUGCUGUCCUCUAUAUUGCCUAUCACAACAAGCGGAAGAUUAUUGCUUUUGUGCUAGAAGGAAAAAGAUCUAAAGUUACUCGACGGCCAAAGGCCAGUGAUUACCAGCGUUUGGACCAGAAGAUUUGAUUUCUCUGUUCUUGAGAACUUUGUCCUCCCUGCUGACUUGUUUUUAAAUCAAGAGAAAUGAAGAAAAAAAAGUACUGUGACCUAAGAGACACCCCCUCGUCUAGGGUUUUGGUGGCAAAUCUGGCCUGGCAGAGGCGGGGGGUAUUGCUUAGCUUUUUGCACCUGCACUUUGGUGACCUUGUACUCCUGUGUCCCCAUCACCUAUGCUGGUGUCUUCCAUCCUUUCCUCCUCUGAGUGUGAGUAGAGGGAGCAUGUGGGAAGCCAGCUAUGACCAAAGGGAGACCUCAGCCCCAGGCAGGCUGCUGCUGCUGCUGACUGCCUUCCCUUGGGCCUUGGCCCUUUCGUAGUUGCCCCUUGAAAACAGCAUUGCACCCACCACAAGUUAUCUUUGCAGACCUAGGAGAAAACUAGGUUGAAAAGUCAACCUAGGAGAAAACUCACCUGCAGGUUGAGGUGCUUCUAUACCAAGGCCUCAUCUGGAGGGAUGUGCCCUACAAAAGAUGUAGAAGGUGAAUGCUGAUGGGCAAAGGGCUACUUUGAAUACGUAAUUCUCUUCAAAGGCUUCAGCAGCAAACCAAAACAGCUUUUAAAAAGUGCUUUAUUGCCUGCAGUCCAACCUGUCUAGUGUAAGUUCUUCACAUUUUCCUGAUAUUUUCGUAUUACUUAAGACAAAGUGUGUCAACUUCCAUUUGGUUGUACUGAGCAUAAAACUGAACUUGGGGAUUCUGGAAGUAAAGCUGUAAAGCCACGGUUCCCAUCACAGAUUUUUAAAAAUAUAGUUAUGAUUAUUGAAAAUAC